AUGGCUGCACCUGUGCAAUUCUCGCCAGCCCCAACCGGCACGUGGACGACGGGAUGCUGCGGCUGCUUCGACGACUGCGAAUCCUGCUGCUGCGCUUACUUUUGCCCAUGCGUGGUCUUCGGCCGAGUCGCCGAGAUUGCGACGGACGGUAACGUCGCGAUGGAGGAGGCUUGCGCCUUGUGGUACCUCAUCGAGUGUUGCCUCCUUGCUGGAUGCGUGUAUUCGUUCGGGUUCCGAACCAAGCUGAGGGCCAAGUACAACCUUCCCGGCGAUUCAAUUAACGAUUUUUUCUUGCACUGGUUCUGCCAGACCUGCGCCUUCUCCCAAGAAUACCGCGAGUUGAAGAAUCGCGGAUGGAUUCCUGCGGAUGGUUACCGAGCUAACAUCAUGAGUCCCCCGUUCGACUCUAUCUCCUGCCUGGUGGUGGCAAACGAUGGCCGACGCGGUUGCUGCUCUUUCUGGUGUCCCUGCGUCGCUUUCGGUCGAAUCGCCGAAAUCGUGACCGACGGUAACGUGGAUGCGCAGGAGGCGUGUUUGAUCUGGUGCUUCGUGGAUGCUUGCCUUCUGGCAGCAUGCGUGUAUUCAUUCGGUUUCCGAACGAAGCUGAGGGCCAAGUACAACUUGCCCGGCGAUACGGUCAAAGAUUUCUUCCUGGACUGGUGCUGUGGAUUCUGCUCCUUCUCGCAGCAGUACCGAGAGCUCCAGAAUCGCGGAUGGGCUGUCGCAGACGGUUACAAGGCUAACAUUCAGCGGUUUCAAGCCGGUAACAACACCGCACCUGAGGGCCAGUUCAUGUCAAAGUAG